AAGAAAAAGAGAAUCUCAAGAAAGUCGCUCCGAACGCCUGAAACCCCCACCUUCCCUCAUUUCCGUUCCGUCUCUUCCUCUUCGUUCUCUCUUUCUCUCUCGUUUUUCGAUCCUAAAUUCUCUGAAAUUACACUGUUUUCCAUUCAGAAUCUUCAAUCAAUUCGCAGAAUUGCAGGGUUUUUCGCCGCCUGAACCAGUCUCAGGGUUAGCCAUGGCGGCGACUCGGUUCUGGGUUUCGACUUUCUUCUUUCUCUUUACAGUAACCCUAACUUCUGUUCUUCACGUUGCUCUUGCCAACUCUGAAGGCGACGCUCUCUACACUCUCCGCCGGAGCUUGUCCGAUCCUGAUAACGUGCUUCAGAGUUGGGAUCCUACUCUCGUCAAUCCCUGUACUUGGUUCCACAUUACUUGUAACCAGGACAACCGCGUUACCCGACUGGACUUGGGCAAUUCCAAUUUGUCUGGACAUCUUGUUCCUGAACUUGGAAGGCUUGAGCACCUGCAAUAUUUGGAACUUUACAAAAACAACAUCCAUGGAACUAUUCCAGAUGAGCUUGGAAACUUGAAGAGCCUCAUCAGUUUGGACCUGUAUAACAACAACAUCACUGGACGAAUCCCUUUUUCUUUGGGGAAAUUGAAAUCUCUUGUGUUCUUACGGCUUAAUGAUAACCGAUUAAAUGGACCAAUCCCAAGAGAACUGACUGCAAUUACAAGCCUUAAAGUUGUGGAUGUCUCAAAUAAUGACUUGUGUGGAACAAUACCAACCAGUGGACCAUUUGAGCACAUACCUUUAAACAACUUUGAGAAUAACCCUAGAAUGGAAGGACCAGAAUUGUUGGGACUUGCUAGCUACGACACAAAUUGCACAUAGAAGGUGAUGGCUACAAAAUUACAGCUUCAGAAUGAGAUAGGGAUUCGGGGGAAAAGGUAAUACUAAACUCCAUAGUGAAUUGGGAAACACUAUAAUCUAAAAUGACAUGACAGACUAGUGUUUGUAAAUUGUAAUUCCAAAUGCUUUUGGUUGGUAUCUGUAACAUUAUUUUUCUUGUGUGACCAUAUGAAUUUGUGCUAAUGUAAUUCUAUCAACUGUUUGUUCA